AUGACUGAAGUAGAAAAACAAAAAUUUCGAAAUGACUCAGAGUUUUAUGAAAUUGUGCGAACUUUUCACGAAUUGGUGACAGAGAUCAAUAAAAGUUUUCACAAAGGAAAAAAGCAAUAUCAUAAAAAGAAUAAUCAUCAUAUGAAAUAAGGCUAAAUUCAGAAAAAAACGAAACGAAUAUAAAAAUAACCUAUAAAACUGGAAUUUGGAAGGAAUCAAUAUCACAUAAAAAUAGCAUACAAGAUUUUUUAUUUGAACUCUACAUCGGAAAACUCCUUAAUCUCAAUGGACAAAUGGAAUCCUCUUCAACAAUCAAUGAAAAUAGUUAAACAACCAGAGGAUAUUGACAUCAAGAAAAAGUAUGUGUAAAUUGUUGAGCAAUAAUCAGGAAAAAGAGAAGCAGCUUGA